AGUGUAAUUGCUGAUUCCAUAAAUGACCUUUGAUUUUUUUUUUCUUUGUUUGCUUUUCACAUGAAUAUUUAUGAUUAUUAGAGUUUAAGUUUGUUUAAAAAACUUUCCAUCAUAAGGAUUUCACAUUAUGUCUCUUAACAGUCUAGCAUCACGAUGAACUCAACACAGGUGUCCCAUUUUAUACUAGGAGCAUAUUUUGGCACCAAACUGUUAAAGUACCUUUUCUUUUCGAUCAUACUGUGUCUGUAUGUUCUGAUCAUUGGUUUUAACAUCCUGCUGAUCUCGGUGAUCUGUGUAAAUAGGAGCUUACAUGAACCCAUGUAUAUGUUUCUGUGCAGCCUGUUUUUUAAUGAAAUGUUUGGCAGCACAGCACUGCUUCCCUUUCUGCUGGUUCAGCUCCUUUCUGAUGUUCAUACAGUGUCUAUCCCGCUGUGCUUCACUCAGAUUUUCUUCAUUCAUUCCUAUUUAGGUGUAGAGUUUUUCACCCUGACUGCCAUGUCUUAUGACAGAUAUCUGGCUAUCUGCAAACCUCUGCAGUAUCAGCAGCUAAUGACUGCCAAGGUAAUUGCUUAUCUAGUUUUAGCAACCUUCAUUAUUUCUUUUCUUGGUAUUGCUAUCUCUACAUCUUUGAGUUUCUCUUUGCAGCUUUGCAGAAACUUCAUUAACAAAGUGUACUGCACUAACUACUCCAUAGUUAAACUUGCUUGCUCUGAUACAACUGUAAAUAAUAUCUACGGGAUUAUUUCAACUGUUGUCAGCACCUUUAUUCCAGUCACUCUUAUUAUCUACACCUACAAUAGAAUCCUUAAAGUGUGUUACUCUGGAUCCAGACAGACACGGAAGAAAGCGCUCUCAACCUGCAUACCUCACCUGGUCUCUCUGAUCAACUAUACAUUCGGAGUUUCAUUGGAAAUUUAUCAGAGCAGGUUUAACACAGACCAUUUUCCACGUUUAACAAAAAUAUUUUUAUCCCUUUACUUUAUAGUUUGUCAGCCAAUCUUUAACCCUGUGAUGUAUGGACUGAAUCUGUCUGAAGUACGUAAAAUCUGGAAAAGACUGCUUUGUGUCAAAAUAAAAUGA